UGGCAGCAAUGUAGCCGACUUUCGGCGGGAAAGAAUUGUAUAGAGCAGUUCGCCGGGAGAUAUGGCAGCAAUGUGCAGAGCCGAGCCGGGAAACGGAGAUAUGGCAGGGAUUAAUGGCAGCAAUCAAGCAAUGUGCAGAGCAAACCAGAGAUAUGGCAGGGAUUAAGCUGUUCGCCGAGCCGGGAAACAGAGAUAUGGCAGCAAUGUGCAGAGCAGUUCGCCGAGCCAGUAGCAACCAGGGAGGGAUUAAUGGUAGCAACAGUAAGGUCCCCCAACAACCAACAACAAUUUUUCAACAGCUCCAGAGUCCAUUUUUUGCAUUCAACCAGCCUAAUAACUUCAGAUCUGGACAUGUUAAAGAAGAUCUAGUUGAGCUAAUGAUGAUCCAGAAUGCACAGAUGCACCAGGUGAUCAUGAACAACAUGACGAUGUCCGCCUUGUCACAGUUUGGAUAUUCCGAAGAACCCCCAGCCAGCGAGAUACCGUCAGUGCCAGUUAUCAUUGAAGACACUGAGCAAGAAGUUGUGUAUCACCACUACUAUGAUCCGUAUUCCUACCAGGCCCCAUCAGUAUGGCAGAAUCCUCCCCGUCCUCCAUUUCAAUCAAACCAAAAGCAGAUUGUGCGCCACUUGAAUGACACAAAUCCAGCUGUGCUGAGAGAACUAAAUCCAGUGCCGCCUCCUCCUCCACCAAGUGCUACAGGAACAGUUGGUGCUGAUGUCCUUCCUGCUACAGAAUAUUACGAUGCCACUAACGAAAAGUGGUAAAAGAAGUAUCUUUAGAAUGAAACUAUUCUGCACAGUGAACUAAUCUGACAACUUCCUACAGGAUAUUGGAAAAAACAUCCACUACAUGAAUACUUUAACAACAGCAGACUGGUAACACUUCAAAAGAUAAGAAAGACUAAUAUUAUGAUGACAUUCGACACUAGUAGCAUUGUGGCACAGAUGGUGAAAAGAUAGCAUUUCAAGAAGUAUAUGUUUUUUGUUCACAAAACUUAAGACAGUCCACAGCAAAACCAAGUCCCAGCUGCACCUCACAGUUAUUAUCACCGUUGUAGAAGUCUAACUAAGUUAGUAGCUUCAUUACCAAGUUGCUAUAUUGUCAGCUUUUGUUUGCAUGAGCUGCCAUUGCGAUAUGCAUAUAAAUAGUACCAUUCAAAUGGAAAACUUUGAUAGCAUGCAAGAACAGGCCGUAAAUACAUACGCACUAAAGUAUUUCUAGGCCAGUGGCAGAAAACAGGCACUACUUAGAACCAGUCUACAGAGACCGCUGCUAGCAUUCCCUUCAGGUUCUUUUGUGUUUAUUUGUGUCUUUAAAUUGGAAUGUCUUUUGGAGUAAAUAUGGUAUUAUGACAUUAUGGCACUUAGACUGCAGUUUAGUAAUACCUGUGCGACUUAAGUAAAAGUACACCUUGUAACAGGUGCUAGGUGUUGAAAAUGGAAGGAAAAUGUGACUGUGUUGCUUUGGAGCAUGAUUGUCCAUGAACAAAUAUUAUGGGUAUUACACAUGUAAGAAAAAUAAAUAAAUAUUAAAUGUAUUAUCACA